AUGUCGCUGAGCAAGCUCUCUGCCGAGUUUGAUGCUCACGUUUGUCGCUGCUUUGUUGGUGACACAUCAGCUUUGAGCGCGUUCUCUAAGCAAUUUGACAUGCCUCGAAAAUCGGCUCCAAUGAUUUGGGCACAUUCUUUCUGA